GCGCGUCCAAUAAUGACUGGGGGAUCCCGGCAAUUAACAUGACUAAAAAGAAGCGGGAGAAUCUGGGCGUCGCUCUAGAGAUCGAUGGGCUGGAGGAGAAGUUAUCACAAUGUCGGAGGGACCUGGAAGCUGUGAACUCCAGGCUCUAUGGGGCAGAGCUGAGUCCAGAGGCCAGGAGGUCUCUGGAGAAGGAGAAAAACAGCCUGAUGAACAAAGCCUCCAACUAUGAGAAGGAGCUCAAGUUGCUUCGGCAAGAGAACCGGAAGCACAUGGUGCUCUCGGUCGCCAUCUUCAUCCUCCUGAGCCUUAUCUACACCUGGUGGACCAUGUGAGCCUGAGCUUUCUUCAGUCAGCGCAGGCUCCCCCUCAGCGACCUGCUCACAGCCAAGCAGGCCCUUCAGGCCUCCGAGGACCACGGUACCGGGCCAUGUCUCCCGACCCAGACUGGAGCAGGGCUUCAGCUGCUUCCCGAUCCCACUGUGGGGCCUGGGUGUCCAGGACUUUGUGCUGGCUCCUCCCUCAACCCAAGGGGCAGGCAAUAAAGAACACCCAGGCCACUGCGGCUGCUGAGUAAA